AUGGACGAGGACAACCGUACAUACGAGCGCGCGCUGGCCAUUAUAGAAAGCCGUCGGCGCCCUCGCAGACCCAGUGCUGCGACGGCAUACGUUGAUGGUCAAGCCCAGGUUAAUGGAGCGAGAAGUGGUGCUACUGCUCUACGAGGCACACCGAGUAUUGUCGGGAUGAAGGAAUGGCUGGAGCAGAUCGGGCACUCGCCGGACAGUCUUACUUCUCUGAAAAUCAUCCAUGUAGCUGGCACAAAAGGCAAAGGCAGCACCUGCGCCUUCACCGAAUCAAUAUUACGUGCUCAUGGCAAAAAUACUGGUCGCCCUUUCCGGACGGGAUUGUACACUCUUCCUCAUCUCAUCUAUCCGGAGGAGAGGAUGAGACUUGAUUCGAUACCCAUGAACAGGAGCCUGUUCGCCAAAUAUUUUUUCGAGCUUUACGACAAUACACCACAACUUCAUCAUUCAUUCGACGCCACUAAUCCGGAUCCUGUCGCUCGCGGGCCACGAAAUCUUCAGCUAUACUUCCUACUGGCGCUCCAUAUAUUUCUCAGCGAGAAGGUAGAUGUAGCCGUUAUAGAGACUCAUAGCGGUGGUGAGUACGACGCCACGAACUUCAUCCUCGCUCCGGUCGUUACAGCUAUCACGACAUUGGGCAUGGACCAUAUAGCCAUGCUAGGGCCUACUAUCAAGGACAUUGCAUGGCACAAAUCAGGGAUUUUCAAGCCAGGCGCAGUGGCCUUAUCUACUGAGCAGGAAGCUGGCGAGGAAGUCAUUGUAGUGCUCAGGGAACGAGCCCAGGCUAUUGGAGAGGAUGUGAGGUUUGUUGGUCAGGACAGCAGACUGCCGGCUGAUGCGUCAGCCUUGGAACCAGCAGUACAAAGGAAAAACGCCUCACUUGCUAUCUCUGUUGUCGAGGCGUGGCUGAAGCAUUCUGGACAGUCUUCCAACAAGGUUCUAAGCAGAGAGGGCAUCAAGAUGGGCAUCGAGCAAUGGUCCUGGCCAGGCCGCUUCCAGAUCGUGCCAGAAGGGCGGAAUACCUGGUUUCUGGAUGCAGCACACAACGAAAUGAGCAUCGGCAUAGCGGCACAGUGGUUUGCCGAGUCGUCGAAGAAGAUUUUGGAAGACAUGCACGCGGAGCCAGUGCGGAUAUUGAUCUUCAGUCAUAUCAACGAGCUACGUGAUCCGCUCGCACUGUUACGAGCACUUGCCUUGGCCUUUGAGGAGCACAAGGCGAACGUCGAUCAUGUCAUCAUUACCAGCUACGACUCGCAUGGAAAGGAGGAUCUCAACAGCAACGUCGGUUUCGUCGCACUCAAGGAGGUAUUCAGCAGUAUACACCCCAGCACUCGAGUCUGGGAUGAACAUGCUAUCGGCAGCGCUAUUCAUUUUGCUCGGCGCCUCGGGGAGGAAGCAGACAUGCACGCACUCAUCACUGGUAGUCAGCACCUGGUUGGCCCUGCAUUGCGUAUACUGACAGAGGGAGAAGGGAGGACUGUCGGAUAG